ACCUCAUCUAGUUCUGGAAAUGUUGAAAACAAGACUGGCGAGAACGACCCUCAACCUGACAAAGUUCAAAAUUUGCCCCCUCCUGACACAGUAGAAUUUGAAUUUAUGUCUUCCACGGUAAGUCUUCAAAAUUGAUCUUUUUUCAAAUUUGUUAUGAAUGAUUUUUAGAAUGUUUUGAAUUUUCAAUCAUUAUAUUUAUAAAUAGACACCAGGAAGCGAAAGCAAUGAAUCACACGAGGCCCAAGAAGUCGAAAGCGACACCCUUGAAAAUGAGACUGAAGAAACUGAAGAAAACCAGGACGAUAAAAACAUGACUUGGCUUCAAUGCGCAGGGCUGUUGCAAUAUCUAAAGUCCCAGCUUCGUAAUGUUGAAGGAAUUAUAGAUGAAGUUGAGACGGCAGAUAAUGCUAAUCAAGAAUAUUUUCUAAAUAAGGUAAUCGAAACAGUUGGUCAGGUUGAAGAAACUGCAAGCGAGCUUCUCAGAAUAUCAUCUCAAGUUCUUGAAAAGGUUGAAAAAGAGAAGAUGACACUGGACGAUAGCAAUCAGAAAGCAUUCCCUACCAUGCCAUCUUUGGAUCCUGGAUUGCGAUCAAAACAUCUGACGGACAGUCAAAAAACAUACCUGAUACAAAUGGGACCGAAUCAACCAAAUUUACAGGUAUACCCAGGGCGUAGUAAAACACGGGCGAGGAAACGCGCGGUAAUCGCGCUGAUCUAUGUGUGAUGCGGCUGGAGACUGGCGAAAGCGCGCGUUUUGCGAGAAAUACAAAAAGAACGGCACAAAAAUGGCAACAAAAAGAUUUGCCGAAGACUACGAAAUAACAAACGAAAAUAUAGGUAAGUUUUAAAUUGUUACAUAAUUAUUUAACGUAAUUUGAAAGAAACACUAUUAUACUUCAGCUUUACUUAAUUAAAAUAAACAAAAAGCGCAUUGCGUUGUAAAAUGUCAAUGUUUUAAGAAAUGUUUUGAUUUUUGUUCCCUUCAAAAUUUGUUAUUUUUGCGCACAAAGUCAGGUUUUAAUACGAGUUUUUUAACGCUCUAGGUAGUCCUAGGUGAAUUUGAUAGCACAAAAAGUUUCCCAAAUUAACAUACGUGAGAAUAAUUAAAAUUAAGAGUCGGACUUUUUUGGACUUUUUUUGCUAUAACUUUUUUCCCUGAACAUAGUGCUGUUCAUCAUUUGUAUCGCAAGGAGAAGCAACGCAAGUUAACACGAAAGUUUUUAAAAUAUCAAGCGGAACAUUUUAAAUAUUGUUCAAUCUAAUUAUAUUGCUACAAUAUUUGAUUUUAGAUACAAAUAACAUUCCCCAAGCCGUCAAAGACAUAAUUAGUUCAAAAACAAUUAGUUUCAAAAACAAUAUAUAGAUCAUGUCAGCUCGAUAAAGUACAACGUAUACGGCCAUUUUAGAGGCCAUGUUUACGUUUUGAAAAAGAACCGCGGAAAAAUUGUAUUUUUGCAUGUAGUUUUUUUCCUAGGUGUGAAACAUCCCCUAAAAAAUCGUAGAAACUGAAAUCAAGUCAUAAUAUAUCAGAAAUUUUUUAAAAGAAGACAGACUGUUUCAUCAAAACAUAUUUUUUUGCCUUGAAUUUCAGCAUGUCAGCUCGACAAACUGCCGAGGAUGCGGCCAUGUUUACGUUUUGAAAAAGGACCGCGGAAAAAUUGUAUUUUUGCGUGUAGUUUUUUUCCUAGGUGUGAAACAUCCCCUAAAAAAUUGUACAAACUGAAAUCGAGUCAUAAUAUAUCAGAAAUUUAUCAAAAGAAGACAGACUUUUUCGUCGAAACAUAUUUUUUUAGCCUUGAAUUCCAACAUGUCAGCUCGACAAACUGCCGAGAGAAUACGGCCAUAUUUACGUUUUGAAAAAGAACCGCGGAAAAAUUGUAUUUUUGCAUGUAGUUUUUUUCCUAGGUGUGAAACAUCCCCUAAAAAAUUGUAAAAACUGAAAUCAAGUCAUAAUAUAUCAGAAAUUUUUUAAAAGAAGACAGACUUUUUCGUCAAAACAUAUUUUUUUAGCCUUGAAUUUCAGCAUGUCAGCUCGACAAACUGCCGAGAGAAUGCGGCCAUGUUUACGUUUUGAGAAAGGACCGCAGAAAAAUUGUAUUUUUGCAUGUAGUUUUUUUCCUAGGGGUUAAAAAUUCCCCCCAAAAUUGUACAAACUGAAAUCGAGUCAUAAUAUAUCAGAAAUUUAUCAAAAGAAGACAGACUUUUUCGUCGAAACAUAUUUUUUUAGCCUUGAAUUCCAACAUGUCAGCUCGACAAACUGCCGAGAAUGCGGCCAUGUUUACGUUUUGAGAAAGGACCGCGGAAAAAUUGUAUUUUUUGCAUGUAGUUUUUUUCCUAGGUGUGAAACAUCCCCUAAAAAAUUGUACAAACUGAAAUCGAGUCAUAAUAUAUCAGAAAUUUAUCAAAAGAAGACAGACUUUUUCGUCGAAACAUAUUUUUUUAGCCUUGAAUUUCAGCAUGUCAGCUCGACAAACUGCCGAGAGAAUGCGGCCAUUGUACAGAAUGUGCACUAACCUUUUUUUCACAACAUUUGGUGCUCAUCACGUUUGCUUGCUGAAUACACACGUUCUUUCUCGGAAAUAGUAUAUUACUUUCUCUUGUCAUUUUAGCUUUUAAAAGAUUUUCGGGCUUUAACGUUGUAUCCUGAACUACAGAGAUCCAAUGGAAUGUACAUGCAUGUCACGUCUUCGAUUCGAUUCGAACAAAACCAGGAAAAAUCCAUUAAAAAUCCACAACACACCUCGUUUUAUGUAAUGUUUCAAACUGUUCAUAGCGUGAUUGACAUGUCACAUGAUCACGGAACAGAUCUUUACAUCAUAAACUGGAGCGUUGUAAUAAGCGGUUAAAAUGCUAAUUUUUCAAUAAGAGACACCGAUUCCUAGCUAUGACAGGGAACUUUUUCGUUUAGAGUAUGUAAAAUAAACAUGAAAAGUUGUAUAUAUGCGUGGUUUGUUCCAUUUAGAUAAUGAUCUUGGUCAAAUACUGACUACGUCUCCUCCUAAGCGGAUAUGUUUAGGGUCAAUGGAUUUAAAUACAUCUACCGGCAGUGCCGUAAGAAUGCAUUGCCCCAAGUCUGUAGCUGAGCAGUCAAGCGAAGUACGAGUUGGUGGAAUAAUGUCUACUCGACGAGAAAAUAAACGCGCAGCGGAGAAACUAACAUCGUCGGAACGUCUUGAAGAUUAUUUUAUGUCCGGCUCACCAUUAAGCCCUGUGGAGUUACUCAUGUACUCUUUAAUGAAAAUCCAAUUCAAGACAUCCACGUUCACCAAACAUCACUCGAUAGUACAAUACGACAAAAUCGCUGAAGCUGUAUCCAAAAUUUGUGGUGUUCAGUUCGAAGCAAUGUCAAUUCGAAAGUUUUUCCCAAGAAUUUCCAACAACCGCUCAAAACCAACUGUUGGAAAAGAAAAGGAAGAGUAA